AUGGAUCUGGAUAAACCUUCUGUCUGGGGCUCUUUAAAACAGCGGACCAGGCCUUUGUUAAUCAACCUGAGCAAGAGGAAGGUGAAAAAGAACUCAGACAAACCCCUGGACUUACGGGCCAGGCAUUGUCUGGACCGCCGCCUCAGCCUCUCUGUCCCUGACCUCCUGGAGGCUGAGGCCCUGGCCCCGGAGGGGCGGCCUUACUCCCGGCCCCAGUUGUCCUACACCUCGGUGCCUAGCAGCCUGUCUACGGCAGGGAUCGUUCCCAAAAGUAGCAGUAGCUCUUUGAAACAGUCUGAAGAAGAAUUGGAUUGGAGGCAGGAAGAAGCAGGCCACUUUCAUGUAGUGGAAACAGACUCCCAUGAGACCUACGCCUCUCCUGCCGAGGACAGGCGGGCUUCCAGCAAUGGCACCUUUGAUAUGCUCCAGAAAACUCCCCUUGGAGAGGAAGCGCCAGAAGGGCCAGAGAAGCUCUGUGGAAGUGGUGAUCUGAAUGCCUCUCUGACAUCCCAACGUUUCGAAGAGCAAUCUACUCUCGGGGAAGCCAGCGACGGCUUGAGUAACCUGCCCAGCCCUUUCGCCUACCUCCUCACCAUCCACCUGAAGGAAGGCCGGAACCUGGUGGUCCGGGAUCGCUGUGGCACGAGUGAUCCCUAUGUGAAAUUUAAGCUGAAUGGGAAGACUCUGUACAAAAGUAAAGUCAUAUAUAAGAACUUGAACCCAGUUUGGGACGAAAUAGUCUUAUUGCCAAUACAAAGCCUUGAUCAAAAGCUGCGUGUGAAGGUGUAUGAUCGAGAUUUAACUACCUCUGAUUUCAUGGGUUCUGCCUUUGUCGUUCUGAGUGAUCUUGAGCUUAACAGAACGACUGAACAUAUUUUGAAAUUGGAAGAUCCAAACAGUUUAGAAGAUGACAUGGGAGUGAUUGUAUUAAAUUUGAACCUAGUAGUAAAACAGUGUGAUUUCAAGAGACACCGUUGGUCAAAUCGGAAGCAGUUAAGUGCCGGCAAGUCCUCUUUGAUACGCAACCUCCGGCUCUCUGAGUCCUUGAAAAAGAACCAACUCUGGAACGGGAUUAUAAGUAUAACUUUGUUGGAAGGAAAGAAUGUCUCAGGAGGAAGCAUGACAGAGAUGUUUGUCCAGUUAAAACUGGGAGAUCAGAGGUAUAAAAGUAAGACACUGUGUAAGAGUGCAAAUCCGCAGUGGCGGGAACAGUUUGACUUUCACUACUUCUCUGACAGGAUGGGCAUUUUGGACAUUGAAGUGUGGGGAAAGGACAGCAAAAAGCAUGAGGAACGUCUGGGCACGUGUAAAGUGGAUAUCUCAGCCCUCCCACUGAAGCAAGCCAACUGCCUGGAGCUGCCGCUGGAGAGCUGCCUGGGGACGCUCUUGAUGCUGGUCACCCUCACGCCCUGCGCGGGAGUCUCCAUCUCAGAUCUGUGUGUGUGCCCCUUGGCAGAUCCCAGCGAGAGAAAGCAGAUCGCCCAGCGAUUCAGCUUACAGAACUCCCUGAAAAAUAUGAAGGACAUCGGCAUUUUACAAGUGAAGGUUUUAAAGGCGGUAGAUCUCUUAGCAGCAGAUUUCUCAGGGAAGAGCGAUCCCUUUUGCUUGUUGGAGUUGGGAAAUGACCGACUUCAGACACAUACCAUUUACAAAAACCUCAACCCUGAGUGGAACAAAGUUUUUACAUUUCCCAUUAAAGAUAUUCAUGAUGUUUUGGAAGUGACUGUGUUUGAUGAAGAUGGAGAUAAACCCCCUGAUUUUCUUGGGAAAGUUGCCAUUCCCUUGCUGUCUAUUCGAGAUGGACAGACAAACUGUUACGUGUUGAAGAAUAAAGAUUUAGAACAAGCUUUUAAAGGAGUUAUUUACUUGGAGAUGGACCUCAUAUAUAAUCCGAUCAAAGCAAGUAUUCGGACCUUUACUCCCAGAGAAAAGCGCUUUGUUGAAGAUAGCCGCAAGCUGUCCAAAAAGAUCUUAUCAAGAGAUGUAGACCGAGUGAAAAGACUCACCAUGACAGUCUGGAAUACAGUACAGUUCCUUAAAAGCUGCUUCCAGUGGGAAUCCACAUUGAGAAGUACAGUAGCAUUCGUGGUGUUCUUAGUCACUGUCUGGAAUUUUGAACUGUACAUGGUCCCACUGGCAUUAUCACUCCUCUUUGUCUACAAUUUCAUCGGACCUACGAGGGGGAAGGUUGGCAGCAUCCAAGACAGCCAGGAGAGCACGGAUGUAGAUGAGGAGGAGGAUGAAGAUGACAAGGAAUCUGAGAAAAAGGGCUUAAUUGAAAGAAUCUAUAUGGUACAGGAUAUUGUCUCAACUGUUCAAAACAUCUUGGAGGAGAUAGCUUCUUUUGGAGAAAGAAUUAAAAACACAUUUAACUGGACGGUCCCAUUCCUUUCCUUCCUGGCCUGUUUGAUACUGGCAGUUGCCACCAUCACUUUGUAUUUCAUUCCACUGCGGUACAUCAUUUUAAUCUGGGGCAUAAAUAAAUUUACUAAGAAGCUUCGAAAUCCCUACGCCAUCGACAAUAAUGAGCUACUAGACUUCCUCUCCAGAGUACCAUCCGAUGUUCAAAAGGUGCAGUAUGCAGAGUUGAAGCCCGGCAGCAGCCAGAGCCCCCUUCGGAAGAAGCGCAGCGCACUCUAG